AUGCUGUUUCCGCACAACCUCUGCACACGCGAUAUGGUCAAAAACGGCGAGUGCUCGACGGACCAAAUAAGUACUACACAGUACAAUUACCUGGACCAGCCGUAUUCGACCGCCUACUACGUGCAGUGUGAUGAGAGCUGGAUUGUCCCCACACUGGAACCCGGUCUAGCAAAGGCUGGCUUCAAGGAUGAGGUGGUAACCCCGUGCAGCUACAAACAGCGCGGCGUGAAGGUUGAAAAGGAUUGCGUGUUGCUGGACCUGAUCGUUGACGGGAAGGUGAUGGAGGCCGAUCGCCGCGGGCAUGGCCCGUAUGCGACCCUGCAGUCUCCCAACGACAGCCUGACGAUGACCUGGAAGGCCGAUAGCACCUAUCCGUACAGCUUCCCCCGGUGCAUCAACAUCAAUGACAUUGUGGGCCUGCCGAUUGUACACGUCACGACGGUCAGCGGGGACACAUUUAUGAGGUGUGACGAGAAUCCCUAUUACGCCAGGGCGAAGGAGCAAAAGAUCACCAUCGGGAGCGUCGACCCGUUCGACUGCAACACCGAAAAGGAGCUCCGUAGGUUGCUGUGCCGCUGGACCGCCACCGAAGCCAAUUCCACCGAGACGCCCGCAGCUCUUGCCAGCAAUCGCUUGUUUGACUACGACACAUACCUGGGAUGGUGGACGAUCGGUGGCUGCCUCAUCCUCGGCGUCGCGAUGCCGCUGCUGACUAUCUGCAUCUUUGCAAUUAUGUUGCGCAAGAUUGAGCUAACGCAUCCGGACACGCGGGCGAGGUGGUUUGAGUUGAAGCCGAAGACGAUUUCGGAAUGCAAGAAUUUCGCCGAGCGCGUGCACAAACUGAACUACCCGGCGCCAGACAAGACCCGGUUUCAACUUGACCAGGACCCCGACCGUUACUUCAAUGCCGUCGUGUUCCGAAUGAAACACUCUGACGUCGAAUGGGUGCUGACCCAGGCGCCGAUUCCUGGAACAUGCGAAGACUUUUGGACGAUGAUGAAGGCAUUGUAUGAUCGCUACGAACUGAAAAUCAUGCUGAUGGCUCUCAAUGCGUUCGAUCCGGUGAUCGAGGGAGAUAACUAUCUUCCUCAUGACGAGAGCCGCGUGGCCACCCGCACAAAGAACGAUCUUCCGUUUUGCACCUUCGGCGAAUGGUGCCCGACCGCCCAGACGAUAGACGGUUAUGAAGGCGUCUCCCGGAUUCCGAUUGCGAACCUGCCAGCGGCAGGGCACGCUCAGUUGGUGGAGGGGAUGAGAUCCAGAGACUUGGAGAAUUACAUCAACGUUGUUGCCAUUAAAAAGGACGACCUUGCCGGCGACUUGGGCAUGCGAAACGAGAGACGCGCUCCCGAAUACCUGGGUGAGCGCGAGGUUAAGAAUCUGCUCUAUUGCCGCGCUCUCCUUCGGAUGAUGUGGAAGGACCCAUGGGGUCGUAACCACCUCCAAGUCGUCCAGUGCGCCUCGGGAGUGGGCGUUUCGGCCGUAUACGUCAUGGUGCACGUCAGCAUUGAACGUCUCUUGUAUGGAUGGCCAGUUUCGAUCCCCGAACUGCUCAAAGAAAUUCGCGAGCACAGCCCAUUGGCCAUCUGCAACAAGGAACACUACAUCACCGUCUACGCGUGUGUGCUGCUGUUUAUCCAGGCCUAUUUGCCCGAUACGUGCCCGCACGAGCAGCCAGAGCGCCGCGCUUCGGACAACAUCGUCGACGUUCCCGCGUUGGUGAUGUUGCGCCCGUCGCCGAGUUAUUUCUGCGUCUCCCGCUUCUCCGAA